AUGAAAAAGAGAACCAUUCAAUCAUCAUCAUCUCGUCUGUUAACUACUAACAAUCGAUCUAUUAAUAAGUUGUUAUCAAAUAUCAAAUCACAAGAACGAUCUCUACAAUUGAAAUCCUAUUUAACACCACAAUAUCUCCAUAGUCCAGUGAAUGAUGAACAUUCGACCAUAUCGAAUACAUCACAGUCUAUACCAAACAUAAAUCCAUCGAUUGAUUUUGAACAACUAUCCACUAAGGAUAAUUUGCAAGAAGAUGUGCAAUUGAGUGAAAUUUCGUCUCGAAAGUAUCGUACAACUCGUUCGAUCACGUCAUCCUCAUCAACAUCGAAAAAUUCUCGUGAUGAGCCACUCUUAGCUCCCGAUACAUUAAUCGUCGGAAAUUUAUAUCUUCUCAAUGAGCUCUAUCCAUCGAUUAAUCACGAACAAAUGAACGGAGCUCCAUUAGCAUUUCUUGGAGCAGAAAAAUUGCUUCGUACUCGUAUUGAUUGGCGGAAAGUUCAAUAUCUUCUAUCUGUUUAUCACAUUGAGUUAAUCAUUGAUCUAAUCCUCUCGCGACCGUCAUUCAUUCGAGAAAUACCAAAAGUAAUGAACUUCAGUCUCUACCGAUCAUUGACCAGAACAGUUUCUGGUCGAUUAUUUUUCGAUUCCGGAGAGAAUAAAGCUGGAAUUCAUCAAUGUGAUCGCAAACAGAUCAACCGAAAAUUUACGGUUGAAGAUUUAGCAUCGAUUCAUCGUCGUGAAUUUCAUAUCAUCAAUUCAAAUACUACGCAUGAACAUCGGUUUAUUAGUUUAUGUGAGAAUCUUUUCCCGAUUUAUUCCUAUCAAUCACAAUCAAACCAUUGGAAAACUUAUCUAAACAAAUCAAUUUACCAUCCGACUAGUAUGUCAGAUAUUGUAUCAGACAUAACAAUGGACAAUAGUGAAAUUCAGCAUAUUAAUACUCUUUUGACUCUAAAUCGAACAUUUUCUCCCAGUGUAAAAUCAUCUUCAAGACGAAGUAGUCAUUCGAGAAAGAGUAUCUCACAAAAACAGAUUUAUCAGAAAUAA